UUAUGAUCACUGAUCCAUUGUUCCUUCCUUGCCCUCCCAUUUUUCUCCUUCCCCAUAGCUGCCAGGCCUGCUGGAACUCCUGGUGGAGUAUUUCCGCCGCUCCUUGAUCGAGAUCUUUGGAAUCCUGAAGGAAUAUGAGGUGGGAGAGUCAGGGCAAAGAACACCCUGUGAGUUGGAGAGUGGCCUCUUGCACUGGCAGAUCGGUGGCGGAGAUACCACAGAGCACAUGCAGACCCACUUUGAGAGCAAGGGGGUGCGCUCCGUGGCUGAGAGCAAUCAAAAUGCUAGGGAAGGGAAAGCUCCUCCAUCUGACAGCUCCUCAACAAUUCUGGAGGACGAACUUUCUCAUAAAGAUGAGACACCCCUCUGCCCCGUCUAUGACUGGCAGGACUGUCUGGCAAAGCACUGCCUGUGUGUCUCCAGCAUCAUCAGGAGUUUGUUGUUUGUGCCGGGCAAUGACGCUGAGCUGUCCAAACACACCGGGCUGCUGCUGAUUCUGGGGAAACUGCUGCUCUUACACCAUAAGCACCCGGAGUGCAAGCAGGCACCUCUGAGCUCUGUGAGAGUGGGGGAGUGGGACCAGGGUGUGAGCUGCAACAAGGAGGAGUGGUGGUGGGACUGCCUGCAGGUGUUGCGUGAAAAUACACUGGUGACAUUGGCCAACAUUUCUGGACAGCUGGACCUGUCCCCUUUCCCAGAAAGCCUCUGUCUGCCGAUCCUGGAUGGACUCCUCCACUGGGCAGUAUGUCCAUCAGCAGAGGCCCAAGACCCCUUUCCAGUGCUAGAGCCGAAUGCAGUCCUCUCCCCUCAGAGGCUAGUUUUGGAAACGCUCAGCAAACUCAGCACCCAGGACAGCAACAUGGAUUUGAUUCUUGCAGCUCCCCCUGUCAGCCACCUGGAGAGGCUGUACAGCGCCCUGCUGCGUUUCCUUUGUGACAGAAAGAACCCGGUGUGCCGAGAGAUGGCUGUGGUCCUACUGGCCAGUUUGGCACUGGGGGCCAGCUUGGCACUGGAGGCCAGCCUGGCAGUGAGCAUGAUUGCUGCGCAGAAGGGGAGCGUUGGCAACUUGCUGGGCUUCUUGGAGGACUACCUGGCCUCCAUGCAGUGCCAGCAGAGCCAGGCCAGCCUGAUGCACAUGCAGAAUGCACCCUGUGAGCCAAUGAGUGUGGACGUGAUGCACCGAGCUGCUCGGGUGCUGCUCGCCCUGGCCAAGGUGGACGAGAACCGCUCGGAGUUCAUGCUGUACGAGUCGCGGCUGUUGGACAUCUCCGUGUUGCCUGUGGUGGACUCUUUGGUUUCACAAGUUAUUUGUGAUGCACUAUUUUUAAUUGUCCAGCCCUGACAGCUGUGGGAUGCAAGACCCUGUGUACAUGAGCAGUCAACUUAGAAACUGACUGUUGCCCUUGGUUUGUGUACAACCACCUCAGAACCUGCUGCCUGCCCUGCGCUGUCCUGCUUCCCCCUUGGCGAAUGAAGUCCUCAUUCUCUUUCCCCUUCUCCUGCUCUUCAAAUUUGUCCUGAAUCUAUUGUUAAAGGAGAGAAAGUUCUGUCUACACAGAGGACUUUUUAAUUUUAUGUUAUGGUUUUGUGAUUUUUGUUGUCGGUAUUCCACAUCAUUACA